CGCCAUGCAGAGUCAUGGAGUUUCGCUGCAGAAACGGCCAGUGCGUGUCGUCCUCCUCUGUGUGUGAUAACAUGAAUGAUUGUGAUGACGGCAGCGACGAGACUUCCUGCCCGCCCGUCACCUGCAGUGCUGUGGGGUUCCAGUGCACAAAUGGGGCCUGUAUUCCCCGCCUGUGGGUCUGUGACGGCGACAUCGACUGCCCUGAUGGCUCGGACGAGUGGCCUCAGAACUGCACUGCAAAGCGCCGUGCGAGAGGCAAGUGCUCGUCCUCGGAAUUCCACUGUAACAGUGGAGAGUGCCUCCCUAUCAUCUGGAGGUGCGAUGGAGAGGCUGACUGCGUUGACCAAUCGGACGAAGCCGACUGCGUUCGUAUCACCUGCCACCCUGAUGAGUAUCAGUGUGGUGAUGGCACCUGUAUCCCUGGUAUCCGUCGGUGCAACCAACAGUACGACUGCAAGGACCUGAGUGAUGAAACGGGCUGUGUCAAUGCGACCCACUGUGACGCCCCCAGCAGGUUUAGGUGCAGAAGCGGGGAGUGCAUUAGCAUGGAGAGGGUGUGUGACGGGAGGCGGGAUUGCAGGGAUUGGUCGGACGAGCCUCUGAGGGAUUGUGGCUCCAACGAGUGUCUGUACAACAACGGUGGCUGUUCUCAUAUUUGCAAUGACCUGAAGCUUGGCUACGAGUGUCUGUGUCCUGCUGGGUAUAGCUUGGUUGAUAGAAAACGCUGUGAAGAUAUCGAUGAGUGUGCCAACCCGGACACCUGCAGCCAGAUUUGCGUCAACCAGAUCGGCAGUUACAAAUGCCAGUGUGAGGAGGGUUACCAGGUCGACCCGGCCACCAACACCUGCAAGGCCGUCGGUACCAUAGCCUACCUUUUCUUUACUAACCAUCAUGACAUCAGGAUGAUGACUCUGGACAAAAGUGAAUACACAAGAGUAAUCCCCCGUCUAAAGAACGUUGUAGCUCUGGACAUGAACAUGGCCACCAAAGAAAUCUACUGGUCAGACCUCUUCCACAAGAAGAUCUACAGAGCUCAGAUAGACUCGGCUGAAGACUCCGCUCAUCACACCGUAGUGAUCGGCAGCGAUGUCGGUGCUCCUGAAGGCAUCGCUUUUGACUGGGUCCAUGGUAACCUGUACUGGACUGACAGCAUCCGCAGCACCAUCUCCGUGGUAACUGCUGAUGGCAGCCGCCGAAAAACAUUGUUUCACCAAGGCUUAUCGAAGCCCCGUGCUAUCGUGGUCGACCCCCACAGCAACUUCAUGUACUGGACUGACUGGGGGAAUCCUGCCAAGAUAGAGAAGGGAGGACUUAACGGAGUAAACCGCACCGCCCUGGUCACUGACGACAUCAUGUGGCCUAAUGGCAUCACACUCGACCUGUUGAACCAGCGGCUCUACUGGGUGGACUCUAAGCUGCACACCCUCUCCAGUAUUGACAUGCAGGGCGGAGGUCGACGCACCCUCAUCUCUGACAAACACAAGCUGGCUCACCCACUGGGGCUCACUAUGUUUGAGGAGAGAGUGUUCUGGACAGAUGUUAGUAACAAUGCCAUCCUCAGUGCCAACAGGCUGACGGGUGGUGACAUAGCACCAGUGGCGGAGCACUUAUUGUCACCAGAAGACAUUAUUCUCUACCAUAACCUCAAACAACCUGCAGGGAGGGACUGGUGUCAGUUGUCCAACAGUAGCUGUGAGUUCUUGUGUCUGGCAGCUCCUCAAGUAGGCAGACAUCCCCCCAAAUAUACCUGCGUCUGUCCGGAUAACAUGAUGCUAGCUAGUGAUAUGAGGACAUGUGUACCUGCACCUGUGCAGCCUCAGGUUCCACCUACCAACCCCCCUCAUCUGUCAGCCAGGACCACACCUAGGCCCCCAGUCCGCACCACCACAACAGUGCCUAUCAUGGUCACCAGCACUGCAGCCAAGCCAGCUCCACACACCAUCAAGGCCCCUGUGAGGACCACCACACCUGAACCCAUGACCCCUUCCUCCCAGUCAGUGAAGCCUAAAAUCCCCCAGACCAACAUAGAGGCUGCAGACACUGCACCAGAUGUCCAACAUGAAUUUCCUGCAUCCAUACCCAAGACUGGCUCCACUCCCCCAGUAGCUCUUUAUGUUGUCUUACCUCUAGCGAUUGUUUGUCUGGUGGCUGUUGGCGGCAUGCUGCUCUGGAGGAACUACAGGCUGAAGAGUGCCAACACGAUUCACUUUGACAACCCCUUCUAUCAGAAAACCUCUGAGGACCAAGUGCACAUUUUGAGGAGCCACAGCCCUGAUGGUUACUCCUACCCAAAGAGACAAGUUUUGAGGUUGGAUGAAGAGGCAGACAAUCCAGUCUUCACAGAAAACUGACAAAGGUCAGGCAGAGUGGAAAGAAGAGGCUUGAUGAGAAGCUACCUGUGACGUCUUUUAGCAUUUUUAACUCACCCAGCAGACAGCUAUAGAAACCAAAGCCAGUGUCAGAGAAGCUGAACAAUUUUAUCCUCACAUACGAACAAGCACUCUACAGUGGAGAAGCCAGGGUGAAACAGUUUCAGGUUGCACAUCUGCUUUUUUUUCAACCCACCGAAUCAUCAGAUGAUGGAUUCCUCAGUUUAACAUCUUUUAAAUGUGAUGCACAGUCCUGCACAGGCCCAGUUUUGCCAACCACAAAGCCAGAUACUUUAAUCAACCCAGCCCUGCUGCGACAUGUGACCAGUGGGGUCGUGUCUGAUGCUCCUCUGUACCAUGAUACAUAUUUAUUUAUAUCAG